AUGGUUCAGUUGGCUGAUAUACCAACUGAUGUGCUUGCUAUAAUAUUUUCUUAUACUUCGAGUAAGACUAUCGCUAAUAUUAAAAAUUUGAAUGGAACGAUUCCCUUCCAUAUUAAAUUAGCUCUUCCAUUUCAAUUUGAUCAUGUCAUUAUAAUUAACAAACUCUAUAGGCAUACUAAAUUAGAAAAAUCUAAGAAUUUACAACAAGCCAUUGUUUAUCACAGCCAUUCAUCUCAUCGUCAACUAAGUUACGAAUUCAGUUCUAAGAUGAUAUUUGAUAAUUUAAAACGAGUUAAUUUCCAAUUUUUGAAUGAAAUAACAUUAAAAUUUAUUUUAUCAAAGUAUGAAGAAUUUGGAAAUAUGAAUGAUUUAUUGCAGAAUCUUUCUGAGGUAGAUUGUUCCAAUAUUCAUCUUAACUUAAUUAUAAAAAAGAGAAUUAACCAUAUUAAUAAGAAAUAUAAAGAGUUUUCACCAGAAACUGUAAAUCUACUUCAAAAAUUUAAAUGGAAAUCAAUAAAUUUUAAGACUGAUUUUAGAAUUCAUAGCUAUAUUUUGGUUCCUUUGUGUUUGUUAAGUACCUCUUUGAAUACUUUACAGGAACUUGUAAUAGGAUAUAAAGUUGAUUUUGGAAACGAUCUUAGUCAAUUCAAAUUUCCCAACUUAAAAAGAUUCAUUUGCUAUAACUCCGGCAGUUUUUAUUUCAAUGAUUUUAUGAAUAACCAUUUUAGGACACUUGAAGAUAUAACAUUGUCUGUUUCUAGGGUACGUUUUUGGAAUUUAAAUACAUUUAAAAAAUUGAAAAAGAUUGCAUUUCUUAAUUUACACCACGAUCUUCCAGAAAUGGAUAAAGCAACUUUACUUCAUCAAGUGUCCGUUAUUACAGUGCAUGGAUUAUACCCAAAGUUUGAUCUAAGUUAUUUUGAAAAUCCCCAUAUUAUUACCAGUCCACUACAUUUUAAUUUAGAUCUGAAAUCCAAAAAGAAAAACUAUCAAAAUGCAGUACAUGAUAAGUCUUUAUUAACCUUUUCAGUGUAUUGUUGA